GCAGUGAAAGUUCCCUAACCAGCAUUCUUAGCGAUCUUGAGAAGCACUCUCUCGCUUAUUGCAAACGCCGGUCACUUAGUUGCUGUCGCCACCACCAUGAGUACCAUUGUCGAAAUGCCCCUUCCCCACUCCGAGUCGGCCUCGGAAAAGAACUGGCUGCGUGCCCGUCUCACCGAAGACGUUCGCAAGCUCACCUCCGCCGCUGCGCGGCUCCGAAUCCACAAGAGGAAGAAGGAGGGAAAGAAGCAGCUGAAGCAGGAGCUGAACAACGAUGAGCUCCCUGCAGAACGCGAUGAUAAAUCAGAGACCUCCCUCCAUGCGAUCCCGAGCGGCGCCAAGACUCUACCCAACCAGCCCCAACUACCCACCACCACCACCACCACCUCAACGACCUCGCUGAAGACAGUCGCGAAGGUCCCCGACAGACGAUACUCGCUCUCUGACCUGCUCCGCUGCCUCGGGACCUACGUUCAGAAGCACUGCACCCACCUCAGUACCAUCCCCUCAGCCUCCGACGUAGCGAUGUGGGUCCGGUGUGCAGAUCGCGCCCUCCAACUGAACGGGUGGACCGUCAACUGUUUCCUACUGGAAUCGCACGUCGUGUUCACCUACAUGCUCCUGUCCCGCGCCUUCCAGCAGUUCCGCAUCUCAUCGCUCGUGGACGUGAAAGAGCUCGUGCUCAUGUGCCUCUACGUCUCGUACACGUACAAUGCCAACGAAAUCAGCUACCCGCUUCGGCCGUUCCUCGUCAAGCAGGACCGCGUCGGUUUCUGGGAUAAAUGCACGACGCUCUCCCUCUCCGCAUCCUCCUCUAUGCUGAGAAUCAACCGAGACCGCAUGUACUACGAGCACCUUCUCACAAAGCUCAAGGCGGCCACCUCACUGGAGUAAACUCACCAAGAAACUUCUCGUCUCACUUACCCGCUUUUGGAUCCAGCGCACACGGGACAGUGACUCAGAUUCUCGUUGUUUUCUCCACGAACCAGUUUAGUGGGUUUUAGCACAGGCUCAAAAACUUUCAUCAGGUCAUUCAUCCGCUGCUCCUUCUCUCUCAACCCAAUUGAUUGUUACUGUGUGUCAGUGUUCCAUGUACAUGAUUUAUGUUUAUCUUGUGUGUGAUUUUCAGUUGUCUUGUAUUUCAAACGAUGUGUACAGACCAUUCAGGUGUCGUGUGUACACUAACAAAGCCAUAAAUACUUUGAAAAACUGAACUUUGAGAAAAACGAUGGAGCGCAGCGGUACGGUAGCAAUUGAAUGUUAGCGCGCAUUACGGGGACCACGCUCGUGAUUGGUGGGCGCUUAUUACGGCUGUUGUAGCUGUGUCAAGGGAAUAAGGUUGUGGGACGAGCGAGGGAGGGGGUAAAAGAGGAGAAUGUUCUCCAAACUGAAGCAGAAAACUCAGGAGGAGAAAUCUGUUGCGUCUGCCACGGCCAAGAAAGCUCGGGAGCUCCAAAUUACUGAAGAGAAUGAUCCACAGACUCCAGAAACAACUGAGUCACGUGACCCACCACGUGACUCUCAUGUGACUACUGAUUCUGGGGAAGAGCCGCUGGCCCCUAGUGAGCAAACCAGUUCUAAACCGGAACAGCUGGGUCCGACUUUGGCCAGCAGUGACCUUGCCUCAGAAAAAGAACCCACCACUCCACAUUCCGAUGGAUCAAUUGCCACGGCAACUGAUGGGAACAACACAACCCCUGCUCGUCUGCAUCAAACACCUAUUACCACUGCAGACACCGGGCAGACUCCCUCCGACAAUUCGACUACACCCUUUCCCACCCCAAGCCACCUGACCUUCCCUUCACAACACAUGGAACCCACAGAUCCCCAGACCCCCCCAUCAUCUGCGACCCCUUCGUCUGGAAUGUGGGGAAGAUGGAGGAAGAGGGUCGUCGACACGGCAACCAGUUUCCAGUCGUCCCCGGCAACCACCCCGGGACCGACACCCUCGGAGGAGUCACGAAAGGCAUCGUCGCCGGCUCUGGAGCCAGCCACACCCACAUCUGCCCCGCCCGAAGACAUCGGUGACCUCCACUCCCAAUUAGAGAGCACCCCCCACUCGGAGCUGGUUGGUCUGAUGCUGAAACAGAGACAGACAACUCUACGCUACAAGACUCGGUUCCACGAGUUGAUGGAAGCGUACAAGACUUUGGAGUCGGAGUUUCAGAAGUCGCAGGUUGCAGCCGCCGAGACGGAGAAGAAACUGUCGAGGAAAUUGAGGGAGAUGAGUGAAGUCCAAGAACUAAACCAACUGGCUAAAGCUCAGAUGGAAGACACCUUCAGACUAACUCUUGAAGAGAAAGAUGAGAAAAUCAAUGUCGUGCAGACACAGGUAGUCCGUCUGUUGAAGGAGCAACUCAUACAACCACCCAAUCCACAGGCCAAUGAGGCGGCAGAAGCUGGAGAAAACGAAGCGAAGAUUCUGAAAUUGAAAGAAAAGGUAUCAAGUUUGGAAGGCGUACUAGGGAAGUACAAGGAAGGCCUUCGACUGGCCAAAGAAAAGAUUGUCCAUCUCCAACAAGAAAAGCUAAAAGCGUCAAAAGCAAAGGCCACACCAGAAAAGGUCCUCAACUCACCCCCACCACCACCACCUCCUCAACCAGACACUAAUAAAGACAAACCUUCAACGCACAAAGAUGAAACCACUCCCACUCCUCCUCCUCCUCCUCCUCCAGGGCCGAAAACCGAAACUGAACAUUUGCAGAGAGAGACUGAAAACACAAAGUCCGUCGUUCAAAGUCUGAGAGAGGAGCUUGUGGUGAAGGAGGUAGCUCUGAAACAACUCCGGAGUGAGGUGGAGAAGGGGAAAGAGAAUUCGGCAAAGAGAGAGGAAAAACUGCGGCAGAGUCUCGAAAGUCUUGCGGCGAAAAACGAAAAGAUUGUCGCACAAAUUCGCGAGCAGAACUCGGUGCUGCAGGAAAAACACAGAGCAUCGGCGAAGGAGGGCACUCAGUUAAAUGAAGAACUUCAGGAGUUACGGCGAGAGCUUAUGGAGAGGGAAAGGGCUGUAGUUGAAGAGACAGACAGAGGUGAAACGGACCGCGGGAGGCUGGAGAAGGAGAAGGAGGAGAUGCGAAGGGAACUCGAGAGCCAGGUGAAAAGUCUCCAAGAGUCUUUGGAAGCUUUAACAGAGAAGAAUGAAGUACUCGAGUCAGAGAAACGAGGACUGGAAAAGCAAGUAUUGAUUCUCGCAGACAAAGAGAAAGAGCAUGUGGCCAGUUUGGAGAAACAGUUGGUAGAGAAGGAGGAAAAGUUGAAAAAGAAGGAUGAGGAGUUUCACGAGAACGAAAAGAGGUUCGGUUCUAGAGUGAAGGAACUGGAGACAGAAAAGGCAGAGUUCUCCUCACAAGUCGAAUCGCUGAAAAGGGAGAUUGAUGAAGUGAAAGAAAUGCACCAAAAAAUGAUACAAGGGCUGGAGUCCAAGUUGGUCAGUUCAGAGAGAGAGCUGGAGACUGAGAGAGAGAAAUCCUCUGCACUGCAGGUGGCAAAAGAUCAAGAAACGAAACAACUAUCUUCAGAGAAAGAAACACGGUUGGAAGAAAUGGCGGGGAAGAUGAGCGAAUUCAGAGCCAAUCUAUCGGGAAAAGAAGCUGCUAUCACUGCUCUUCGGCGAGAGUUGGAUGCGAGUCGAGAAACUCUAGAGCGUGAGAAAGAGGCGCAGGGAAAGAGAGUCAAAAUGGAGAGACUGACACUCACUGCCACUGCCGAAGAAGCUCAGAGUAGGAUCUUGAUAGAGAUGGAGAAGGCCAGACAAGAGAGCGAAGAGAGACUCAUACUAGCUCGCGAGGAGUUAGCUGAGGAGAGGGAGAGAUCGGAAAAGUUACGGCGGGAGCACUCGACUGCUUUGGAAACGAUAGACAAGUUGACGCGAGCCCACCAACUGGAAGUUGAGUCCUGUAAAACCAGUUGCGAGGAGAGGAUAAACGAGAUUACCCAGAGACACAAACAGGAAUUGGAGUCCGUCAGAACCGCUCUGGAAACCAGGCUACACGAGGUAGAGGGACAGGCGGACGAACAGGUUCGGAAACUAAAACACGAGCAUGAGACUGAAUCGGAGAAGCUUCACGCUCACCUUGAGGAAGUGGAGACGGAAUUGAAAACUGCAGAGGAGAGUGUUGCAAAGCUUGAGUCGGAAGUUUCAGCUGAGAGAGAGAGGGCUGAACUAGCCAGCAGGGAGGUGGCUGGGAAAGCCCAGUCACACCACAAACAAACUCUCGACCAGCUCCGGUCUACCCAUGAGAGAGAGAUUGAGACUGUUAGAAGAGACUAUGAAGCUAAGAUUGAGUCACUCAGAGCAAAUCAUGAGCAGGCCCUUCAGUCACAGCAAGCUAAUCAUGAGCAGGCUCUUCAAACAGAGCAAGCUAAUCAUGAGCAGGCUCUUCAAACAGAGCAAGCUAAUCAUGAGCAGGCUCUUCAAUCACAGCAAGCUAAUCAUGAGAGGGCUCUUCAAGAACAGCAGCAAAGCCACCAAAAGGCCUUUCAACUGCAGCAGGAGAACCAUGCGCAAGCUCUCCAAUCGCAACAGGCAACUCACGAACAGGCCCUUCAGUCCCAGCUAGCUGAUCACGAGGCGACCCUGAAAUCACGGGAGGAAAAUCACAAGCAGCGGAUGCAGGAAUUGAACGAAAGCCACAGACUCCAACAGGAGAGUCUCAGAACAGAAAACGCCAGUGAAUUGGAGAGAGUGAGAAGUGAAGUUGCCCAGUCGACUAGAGAACAGACGUCCACUGCUCACGAGGCCGAAGAGAGAUACGCAGCGCUACAGAAACAGCUCGGAGAUCGAGAGGCGGAGUUUCAGCAGAGAAUCGAAGGCUGGGAAGUCGAGAAGAAGACUCUUGAAGAAGGAUUCACCACUGCGAGGGAGCAGCAGUGGUUACAAGAGAAAGAAGGGCUGGAGCGGCGAGUUCAGGAGAGCGAGGACAAGCUUAAAUCGAGCGAGGAGGAGUGGGAGAAGGCUAGAGGCGACCUCGAGAAACGAGUCUCAGAGAUGGAAGCGGUUGGCUCGUCCAGGGAGGCAGAGUGGGAAAGAGAGAGGGACGGAAUGAGAGAGAAACACGAACAAUCCGAGGCUCAAUGGAAGCAAGAAAAAUCGGCUCUCGAGGAGGAAAUUUCACACAGAGAGGAGGGUCUGAGGCAGGAGUUUGAAACGGAGCGGAAAAAAUUUCUGGAUUCUCACGAGGAAAGGGUGAGUAACUUCAAGAAGGUGGUCCAGGGCAAGAUGAAGGCACUUAAGGAUGCCCACGCGACGGAAAUUGCAAAACUUCAGGAGAAGUAUAAACAAGAGAUGGAGGCCAGGGAGAGAGAAUUGGCCGGUCGGGCAGAGGAGGAGAGGAGAGAGAGGGAGAGAAACACGAAGAACUAAAGAGGGAGUUGGAAUCGAAAGAAAACGAAAUCCGUGAGAAAUUAGGAAAAGAGUUGCAGGCACUAAAGACCGAGUUUUCCGGGAGAGAGCGAGAGUGGAUGGAGGAGAAACAGCGACUGGAAAGCUUGCAACUCGUGAGAAGGCAUUCGGGGAGGAGGUGCGGGUGGUGGUGAAGGAAAAAGAAGAACUUCAAACUUCGUUCUCAAAGAGUCACUCGGAGUGGGAGACAGAGAGGGUGGGUCUUGAGCACAGCGUUUCAGAAGCGCAGAAUAAACUAAAGGAAGCUUCUAGGAUAGCGCAAGAGGCUGAAGCUAAGCUGAAAGAAACGGAGACUGGUCACGCUGCUGCUCUGGAAGAGGUGAAGAAGUCGCACAAGGAAAAGACGGCUCAGCUAAAGGCAGUACUGCAGCAGAAACUGAGGACGGUGAAAGAGCACCACAGCAAGGAGAUGGCAUUGCUGCACGAGAAACAGCGCGAGGAACUGACACUAGCAGGGACGGACGCGGCACAGAAAAUGGAGGCCGAAUUUGAACGGAAACUGGCGGAGAGAGUACGGGCUCUGGAAGAGGAACGCCGUGGUGAACUGGAGAGCUUGCGGGAGGAGUACAGGGCCCAGCUGAACUCCAGUCUCGGUGAGCUGAGGGGGAAGGCCGAGGAUCAGAGGGACAAUUCUCGUCUGAAAUCUCUACCCUCCAUGAGCUGAUUGAGGCCGGAAAGGUCAGAGUACAGGAAUUGGAGGGAGAAGGGGCAGCCGCCAAGCAGAAACACCAGAAACUUGUUCAGAGAUACCAAAAGAAGAUCGCAGAAGUCGAGGCUUCUUGGAAGCAGAAAAAUCAGGACGUCGAGUCUAAAUGUGAGGAAGAGAAAGCGGCGAUGAAGGUUCUUUUGGGGCGCAAGUAUCGGCACUGGAAGACGAGAAAAAGUCGCUGGAAGAUGCGGUUUCCAGGCUAAAGGAGGAGAAAGAGAGACUCGAGAAACAACUGGUCGAAAAAGAAUCGCAAUUUGCAUCAGUUUGCGACGAAAAGACUCGACUCGAGUCCGAUUUUGCCCAAAUGAAAAGUGAAAAAGGUUCGCUCGCCGAACAGCUCCACUCCAAAUCGAGAGAGUUUGAAUUGAAGCUGAGUGCCGCCCAAGACACUGGCUCAGAGCUGCAGGAGUCACGAGAGAAAACUGCUCGUUUUGAGGCUCUCCUUUGCGAGAAAGAGGAGGAGGUGCGGGGGUGGAAAGAGAGGGUGGUCGAGAUUGAAAACGAGGCCAAGGCAAAGAAACUGGAGUUCAAGAAGAAAGCAGAGGCAAAGCUUGCGUCUGCAAAGAAAGAGCUGGUCGCGCAGUUUGCAGCGCAGGCCAAGGAAUGGCAGGUGAAAAUUCACGAGGUGGAGCGGGAAAGAGACAAAGCGUUUCUCGAGCGAGACACGUGUCUCAGCCAAGCCGUGGAGCUCAGAACAUUAGUCAACUCUGCGGAAGCACAGGUAGCGAGAAUGAAGUCUGAAGCAGCUUCGCAGAAAGCGUUACUUGACGCUGAGAUCGCAAACUUGAAGCAUUCGAAAGAGAAGAGAGAGAAGGAGGAUUUACAGCGAAGAGAGGAGCAGGAAAAUCAAGAGCAAUCUCUUAGAGCAGAAGUCGAACAGAUGGCGGGAAGGUUAACAGAAGAGCAAGAUAAAUCUAAAACGGUAGCGGAAAGUCUUCACCAUGCGCAAGAGAGCCAGAAGGCCCAUGAAGGUAGACUGUCGGAGAUGGAGGUAAGUGCUGGCAAGAUGGAGAAAGAGAUGGAGCGGCUGAGAGAGACCCUCGCCAACACAGAGAAAGAGAAAGUGGAGGCGGAGGAGGAGAGAGAGAGGGCAAGGAAGGAGAGCGAAGAGACGGUGAAGGCACUCAAAUCUAAAGUGAAAGUCUCCGAGCGAGCAGCCGAGAGAACGGAAAACGAGUGGAAAUCAAAGAUGGAUGAGGUUCUAGUCCGGGCCAACACCGAGCGAAUGACAAUGGUCGAAUCUCACCAGUCAGAGAUUGCUGCACUGAAAACCGAUACGGAAAAGUUACGACAGCAGUUGAGCGAGGUUCAGGGCAGCCACCGAGAACUGGAGAGGGAACUAUCGCAGAUGAGAGAAGAACGAGGAAGGGAGGAGGGAGAGAUGGGGAGACGUGCUCGGGAAAUGGAGCAGAGAGCAAACGAACUCGAAAAACGUUUGAACGAAUCGCAGGUCGAGUUUGACUCGGAGAAAGCCAAGUUGAUUGCUGAUUUGCACAGGAGCGAGGAAGAGAAGAAGGGUGCGUUGGAAAGUGUGCGAGAAUUGGAAACGAAGCUUGUGAGAGUCGAGGGAGACUGUGAGCGAUUGGCGGCAGACGCAGCACGGAGUGAGACGCAUGAGGGGGAGGAGAAGGGGGAGAGGGACAGUGAGAUUGAGGCCCUGCGACGGAGAGUCGACGAACUGACCGGCUCUGCGGCUCAGAUCAUGAGACUGGAGUCAGUGGUUAGGGACCAGCGACAGACCCUUCGUUCACAGGAGUCGGAGCUUCAGAAUCUGAUAGAGGAAAACACGAGGCUACAGUCUCAGGUGAGGGUGGGGCUCCCAACCACGCCCAAUUCCGUGACCACACCCACUAGGAGGGACUCCUACAGUCCUCCGGUUCCAGACACGCCCUCUCGUGAUGUCGUCCUAGAACCCGAGCCACGGGGGGCGGAGUUUGAUGUAGGUCACUGUUCUAUUACAGCAUCAGCAAGUAAUUUUCUCCCCAUUUCCCCUCAUGCAGUAUUUCAAGAACGUUCUAUUUGAGUACAUGAUGGGACGACAGACUAGGCAACUAGUAAAGCCAAUCACGGCACUGGCUAGGUUCUCUGACAAGCAGAAACAACAACUCUUCACAAAAAUAGGGAUUUCUUAACACCACGCCUCCUCUUUAUUUUGCUUUCACCACAUUCUUCUGAAGUUGAAAAAAAAUCAUUUUCUUGUAUCGUACUUCUAUUUCUCAAUCUGUACAAAAUCUAAUUCUGAAUAGUUUAACGCUGUUGUCAUGGCUACAAGAUGCCAAAACACUACCGCUUUCGGGUUGUCCGUCUUCAGUUCUGUUAUGCGGUUUCCACGACAACUGUUUCACGGUUGCCGUGUGACAGAUGCUGGGGGGGGAGAAAGAAGCAGUCAAAACAGACAGUUUCAGAGUCAACAAUCCCACAGUUACCUGGGGUCCAGUGAGAGGGCCAGGUUCCAUUCCAUGGUGCCCAGACUGCAGGAGUAGAGGAGUAUGUGUCCUGAUUCCAAACCAACUGACAGUACGUGUCUGCUGUCACGUGUGGGGAGGGGCGAAAAAUCCAGUGCCGUCACAGAAUGCUGGAACUCCAGCGGGGGACUCUGUACUGACCACACCUCCUCACUCUCUCCACGUUUCCAUAGCAACACCUGUCAGAUAAACAAUGAAUCACUGGCCUGGUCACAUGACUGUCACCUGACCUUCUUGUCCCUGGAGCCAGUAGCGAAGCAGGAAUCAUCGUGGGCCCAAGAUGCGGUCCAGAUCACUCUGCUGUGU